UUGACACACAGAUUUGGGCGGAGUGAGAGGGCGGAAAGCAGAGGCCCACGAUGGCGUCCCUCAGCCUCUCACUGUCCUCACCUUUCACGCUUUCCUCAUCUACCAGUAAUCUGAGGCAACGAAAUCGCCGCAGAAUCUCCACAACUCUCCGGCCGCCGGCGAUAUCACCUAAUUCAUGGCGGCACAGGCAUAUUAUCUGUAUGGCUCCCGAAGAGGAGAAGAUGACUCGCCGUUCCCCUCUUGAUUUCCCCAUCGAGUGGGAGAGGCCUAAACCUGGGAGGAGACCAGAUAUUUUUCCUCAGUUCAGCCCAAUGAAAACACCAUUACCACUUCCAUUGCCAUCUGAUCCUCCUGAAGAGGAUGAGGAAGAGGAAGAAAAGAAAGAGGAAGAGGAAGAGGAUCCUGAAAAGGAAGAACCAGAUAAUCCAGAAAAGCCUGCAAGUUUUGGAGUAUAGAAAGUCUAGUGGCUUUCUUGGAUUUUGCUUAAUAUUGUGCUGUUAUUUUGAUGUUGUAGAAUCUUAGUAAGUGAUGGAAGCAGGCAUAUUGAUGCUUUGCAAACACCUUCACCCUUCCUUUUUUCCUCUUCUUGUUUUUUUCCCUCAGCAACUUGUAAUUUUUAGAGAAAAUCCUUCAGAUACUAUUUGCCAUGCCUUUUUUUUUUUUUCUUUUUCUUUUUUUUUUUUCUUUUUUCGUUCUUUUUUUUCAAAUAGCGGAAUGAUAAUAUGAGCAUUUUCUCAACAUUGAGAAAAUAUGGCCAGAGUGUACUCAUGUAUUCAUUUAUCUUAAGAUUUGUGGUUUUAGGUGCU